AUGUAUAUAAAGAUGGCCACGUUAGCAAACGGACAAGCAGACAAUUCAAGCCUCAGUAGCAACCACCCUAACCCCAGCACCAACGGGCACAUGAACGGAUUAAAUCACAGUUCAGGGAACACAUCCACCAUUCCCAUGAAGGACCAUGAUGCGAUCAAGCUCUUUAUUGGGCAAAUCCCUCGCAACCUGGAUGAGAAAGACCUGAAACCUCUCUUUGAAGAGUUCGGAAAGAUCUAUGAACUGACGGUGCUGAAGGACAGGUUUACUGGCAUGCACAAAGGCUGCGCCUUCCUCACAUACUGCGAAAGGGAGUCUGCUCUUAAGGCCCAGAGUGCGCUGCACGAACAGAAGACGCUGCCAGGGAUGAACAGACCGAUCCAAGUGAAGCCAGCGGACAGUGAGAGCCGAGGAGGUACUUGCUGUUUAAAACACCCACCUGCCCACAGAAAACUCUUUGUGGGCAUGCUGAACAAGCAGCAGUCGGAAGAUGACGUCCGCAGGCUAUUCGAAGCGUUUGGGAACAUUGAAGAGUGCACGAUCCUUCGGGGACCGGACGGCAACAGCAAAGGGUGUGCGUUCGUGAAGUACUCGUCGCAUGCGGAGGCCCAGGCAGCCAUCAACGCCUUGCAUGGCAGCCAGACAAUGCCGGGGGCCUCAUCAAGCCUGGUGGUCAAGUUCGCGGACACGGACAAGGAGCGCACGAUGCGGCGCAUGCAGCAAAUGGCCGGGCAGAUGGGCAUGUUCAACCCCAUGGCUAUCCAGUUUGGAGCAUAUGGCGCCUACGCACAGGCACUGAUGCAGCAGCAGGCAGCGAUCAUGGCUUCCGUGGCUCAAGGCGGCUACCUGAACCCCAUGGCGGCCUUCGCUGCCGCUCAGAUGCAGCAGAUGGCGGCACUCAACAUGAACGGCCUGGCCGCCACGCCCAUGACGCCCACCUCAGGUGGCAGCACGCCUCCAGGCAUCACCGCACCAGCCGUGCCUAGCAUCCCAUCUCCCAUUGGGGUGAAUGGUUUCACUGGCCUACCGCCACAGGCUAAUGGGCAGCCCGCUGCAGAAGCUGUCUUUGCCAAUGGCAUCCAUCCUUACCCAGCACAGAGUCCCACGGCGGCCGAUCCCCUCCAGCAAGCAUACGCAGGAGUCCAGCAGUACGCAGGUCCUGCUUACCCUGCUGCAUAUGGCCAGAUAAGCCAAGCCUUCCCACAGCCGCCUCCAAUGAUCCCGCAGCAACAGAGAGAAGGACCAGAGGGCUGCAACCUGUUUAUCUACCAUCUGCCCCAGGAGUUUGGGGACGCAGAGCUGAUGCAGAUGUUCCUGCCAUUCGGUAAUGUCAUCUCCUCGAAAGUGUUUGUGGAUCGGGCGACAAACCAAAGUAAAUGCUUUGGCUUUGUGAGCUUUGACAAUCCCGCCAGCGCCCAAGCUGCCAUCCAAGCGAUGAAUGGCUUCCAGAUCGGCAUGAAGAGGCUGAAGGUGCAGCUGAAGAGGCCAAAAGAUGCUAACCGCCCUUACUGA